CACAUCCAUUAAAUAAGAGUUAUUAACAACAAGAUAUGAAUCAGAUACGAUGAGCUAAGGAUGUAUGUAACUUUCUAUAUGUUACCCUGAAAACAUCACAGCAGCAUUCACACCUUUUGAAACAUGGAAAAGUAUAUAUGCUAAGAGGUAUGAGAGCUAUUCUAUGCAGUGGUGUCUCCAGACUGAGAGCAUUUACACCUUUUAUAAUCGUUAGAUCGGAAACUGAACAAGAAUAAACAAACCUUGAUGCCUUUAUCUCUCUUUUUUUUUUUUUUUUUUGUGGGUCCUUUUGGCUUCCAACAUACUCUAAUGGCACACCAAACAAACGUCUUUUGUAAGAGUUCUCACAUACUAAUUUGCAAUGGGUAGUUAUAAAUUUAUAAUACAAGGGCUACCAGAGAGGCUCUCUUGCAUUAUCCAUGGCUACCAAGACCUGCAUACUCCAUGUUCUUUCCUUAAUUAUGUUCAUCUGCUUGCCCCUUUCCAAAUGCAUUCACUUCAACUUUCCUGUGGUUUUCAACUUCGGGGACUCGAAUUCUGACACGGGCGAGCUUAUUGCCUCCGGGAUUGAGAGCCUCGUGCCUCCUAAUGGAGAGAGUUACUUCCAAACUCCAUCUGGGAGAUACUGUGAUGGCCGUCUAAUCAUUGAUUUUCUCAUGGAUGCAAUGGAUCUUCCAUUUCUAAAUGCCUAUCUGGAUUCAAUUGGAGUGCCAAGUUUCCGAAAAGGCUGUAAUUUUGCAGCUGCUGGUUCAACCAUACUUCCAGCAACUGCAACAUCUGUCAGCCCAUUCUCAUUUGGGAUUCAGGUGGCUCAGUUCCUCCGAUUCAAAGCUCGGGUUAUCGAACUGAUGGCUAAAAGUAAGAAAUUUGUGAAGUACCUCCCAAAAGAAGAAUAUUUUGAUGAGGCGCUUUACAUGUUCGACAUAGGCCAGAAUGAUCUUGCUGGUGCUUUUUAUUCCAAGUCAUUCGAUCAAGUUCUUGCUACAAUUCCAACAAUCCUGGUUGAGUUUGAAAAUGGAAUAAAGAAACUAUAUGAUCAAGGGGCUAGGAAUUUUUGGAUACACAACACGGGUCCUCUUGGAUGCUUGACUCAGAAUGUUGCCAGAUUUGGAACUGACCCAUCAAAGCUUGAUGAGCUAGGAUGUGUAAGCGCGCAUAACCAAGCAGCUAAACUUUUCAACAUCCAGCUUCAUGCUCUCUGCAUAAAACUGCAAGCCCAAUAUUUGGAUGCAAAUGUCACCUUUGUUGAUAUCUUUAACAUAAAAUUCAACCUCAUUGCAAAUUAUUCCCGAUACGGAUUUGAACAACCAAUUAUGGCUUGCUGUGGGUACGGGGGUCCACCAUUGAAUUAUGACAGUCGCAUUAGCUGUGGACAAACAAAGAUCUUGAACGGGACCUCGGCCACGGCCAAAGGGUGCUCAGACAGUACUGCGUAUGUCAAUUGGGAUGGAAUUCAUUACACUGAGGCUGCAAAUCAGUAUGUCUCAUCACAGAUACUCACUGGAAAAUAUUCUGAUCCUCCUUUCUCGGAAAAGAUGCCUUUCCUACUGAAGCUUAAGUUCUGAAAAGAAUAUUCUUAUUAUUAUAUGAUUAUUUGUUCUUUGUCUCCCUCGUAUGUUGACUUCUAACAAGUAAUUGUAAGCUAUCAUUUGAGACCAGUGUCUGACGCGAAGUAUCUUUUGUGGCUGGAAACUAGUAAUACGGUGAAUGCACUUUAUCAUUUGAAGUGGGCUGCAUAGCUCUCAUCAACAGGUUAUAGCUUUAACUGUAAUUUCUAAUGGGAUGGUGCUUCAACCAAAAUAUUGGAAUAAAAAAAUGCGGUUUCACUUGAAA